CACAGUUAAACAACAAUUCACAGGACUGCUUCACUUGACACACGGAGAAGACAACUAUCUGAGUUCACACGGUGUGUUUACUUCCUCCAAGUCGGGACCAUGAUGAUCCCCAGCGUGCUGUCUCCGUCUGCGCUGUACCCGGGGCUGUACCGGCCCUCCGCGGCCCCGCCGCCGCACCACAGCGGCCCGCCCGCCUUCAGCAGCCACUCCAGCUUCCUGGUGGAGGACCUGCUCCGGAUAAGCCGGCCCGCCGCCUUCAUCAGCCGGAGCGGCCCGCCGGCCUGCAGCGCGUCCCCGCCCAGCCUGGCCUUCAGCGGCGCGCAGCGCGCACUGGCCACCGCCGCGGUUACGCGCGACCUCUGCUCGUCCAAAACGUCGCUGCCAAGCAGCAAGGACCCGACUUUUCUCAAGUUUGGAGUGAGCGCCAUCCUCGCCCCGUCACCAAAGACUGCGUCUUCUCCUCCUCCCUCAAUCCACAGCCUGCACACCAAGACAUUUCCCGUCCCCUGCUUUGACUUUCACCCAAUAUUCAGGACACCUUAUUUACCAGCAUCUUCCUCCGUGGUUCCAAUCCCGGGGACCUUUUCCUGGCCUCUGGCCGCCAGAGGGAAACCUCGCAGAGGGAUGCUCAGGAGGGCCGUGUUCUCCGACGUCCAGCGCAAAGCCUUGGAGAAAAUGUUCCAGAAACAGAAAUACAUCAGCAAACCAGACAGGAAGAAACUGGCUUCUAAACUGGCCCUCAAGGACUCGCAGGUGAAAAUUUGGUUUCAGAACCGGCGGAUGAAGUGGAGGAACUCAAAGGAAAGAGAGCUGUUAUCCUCUGGUGGCUGUCGUGAACAGACGCUGCCCACCAAGGCCAACCCGCACCCGGACCUGAGCGACGUGGGCAAGAAGUCCUCGGCCGAGUACGACGAGGACGAGGAGGAGGAAGAGGAGUUCGGGAGAGGGAGGAGGAGGCCGGCAGAGUCCAGCAUCUCCUCCCCUUCUCUCUCCAGCAAGCACUCGGACUUCUCAGAGUCAGACGAAGAAGAAAUAACAGUAUCUUAACGCAUUUUAUUCAGCAAAUGCGGAGUUUUUCUUUCUUCUUUGUCAUUUGCGCGCCCCUGGCACUAUGAUCAGAUUGAUUAGAAGCUGCUGCCCCGAAACGAGAUCCCACAACUUUCACAGUUAGUUUCACUUAAAUAUUCAGCUUCAUCUGUGGCCGUGGUCAGGCUCUGCUUCUGAGACACAGUUUGCUGUUUUGCACAGCUUUGUUCAGUUGUACAGUAUUUUGUACAAUUUUUGUAUGGAAAUUUUAUGCCAAGAGUAUUGUUACUUUUGCUUUGACAUUGAAUAGAGUCGUUUAUUGAAAAAUGUAGCUAUGUCUUUAAUUUAUAUGAAUUUGUUUAAAAGGUAUGUUGUA